AUUCGGGGUUUCCGUCUCCGGCAGACAUAUUGCUUACUGGAGCAAAUUCUGGAAAAGCUUGAAGAGUGGAAAGGAUUUAAAAUUGAUUCAAAUUUCGACGACUCGACCUAAGCGAACUACAUAGGAUACGAUGGAGCCGUCAGCUAGUCCGGCCAAGGAUACCUACAGGAUGAACCGCUACAAGAACAAAGCACUGAACCCAGAGGAGAUGAGGCGCCGGAGAGAGGAAGAGGGCAUCCAACUCAGAAAACAGAAACGAGAACAACAGAUUUUCAAGAGGAGGAACGUGGACCUUCUCAAUGAAGAGGAGGCCAUGUUUGAGAGUCCACUGGUGGACUCCUACCCCGGCUCUCCAGUAACAGAAGGAGUAAUUUCCAGAGAAAUGGUUGAGAUGCUUUUCUCAGAGGACCAGGAGCUUCAGCUCGCCACAACACAGAAGUUCAGAAAACUACUUUCCAAAGAACCAAAUCCACCAAUUGAUGAAGUUAUAAACACACCUGGAGUAGUUGCGAAGUUUGUGGAGUUCCUAAAGACGAGUAUCAACUGCACAUUACAGUUUGAAGCGGCCUGGGCACUUACCAACAUCGCAUCAGGCACAUCCUUACAGACGAAGACGGUGAUUGAGGCCGGAGCAGUGCCAAUCUUCAUAGAACUACUCAACUCGGAUUUUGAGGACGUCCAAGAACAGGCUGUGUGGGCCUUGGGUAAUAUUGCCGGUGACAGUGCAGUUUGCAGGGACUAUGUGCUGAACUGCAAUAUCCUUCCACCACUGUUAAUGCUUCUGACCAAAUCCACAAGAUUGACAAUGACUAGGAAUGCGGUCUGGGCUCUUUCUAAUCUCUGCAGAGGAAAAAACCCUCCCCCUGCUUUUGAAAAGGUGUCUCCCUGUCUGCCAGUACUGUCCAGGCUUUUAUUUAGCAGUGACCCAGACUUGCUGGCAGAUGCCUGCUGGGCACUUUCCUACCUCUCAGACGGCCCCAAUGAUAAGAUCCAGGCUGUCAUCGACUCUGGUGUCUGCAGGCGUCUUGUAGAACUACUCAUGCACACUGACUAUAAGGUGGCCUCCCCUGCCUUGAGAGCUGUAGGAAACAUUGUCACUGGAGAUGAUAUCCAAACACAGGUGGUGUUGAACUGCUCAGCCCUGCCCUGUCUGCUGCACCUUCUCAGCAGUGCAAAAGAGUCUAUUCGCAAAGAGGCAUGCUGGACCAUCUCGAACAUUACCGCAGGAAACCGAGCACAGAUACAGACGGUAAUUGAUGCCAACAUCUUCCCAGUGCUGAUCGACAUUCUACAGAAAGCCGAGUUCAGAACCAGGAAAGAGGCGGCAUGGGCCAUCACCAAUGCCACCUCUGGAGGAACACCAGAGCAGAUCAGGUACCUGGUGAACCUGGGCUGCAUUAAGCCGCUGUGUGAUCUGCUGACAGUGAUGGACUCUAAGAUCGUUCAGGUGGCUCUCAACGGGCUGGAGAACAUCCUGAGGCUGGGAGAGCAAGAAGCCAAGCAGGAGAACAGCGGCACUGGAGUCAACCCUUACUGCAGCCUCAUUGAAGAAGCCUACGGUCUGGACAAGAUCGAGUUCCUUCAGAGUCACGACAACCAGGAGAUCUACCAGAAGGCCUUCGACCUGAUUGAGCACUAUUUCGGGGUGGAGGACGAGGACAGCAGUCUUGCCCCUCAGGUGGACCAGGCCAACCAGCAGUUCCUUUUCCCCCAGCAGGAGGCCCCAAUGGAGGGUUUUCAGCUAUAAAUCUCCUCUAAAAUACACCUUACACCCCCUCCAUGCCUCUCUGCCUCAUUGAGGACCCAUAGAUUGAGUUUUACCUCCAAGCGUCCUUCCCUGAUCUGUCCCUACCCGCCUCCACCUCCACUGUCCCCUUAAACACACACCUAAACACACACCCCUUCCCCUUGGAGGAAAACUAACACCGUCUCGCUCUCCAGCCUAGAAUGUCCCCCACUCAUCAAGCAGCGGACUGACUUCUUCUCGCAGGGUAGACUCACUUGUUUCCCGACCAUUUGGGGAAGCACACCACUCAACCUCCAUUACAAUUAGAUGAGGAAGCGAUCACCUCAUUGCCUAAAGUGUGAGUCUGCCCUGGCUUAAAGCGCACACGCAGAAAUCUUCCUGCCAUCUGAUAGCUCUUAGAUUAUCUCAUUGGCAGCAAGAAUGGCUUCUUGAUUCAUAUCUUUAUAUAUAAUUUAAAAAAAAAAGAUUCUAUGGGGCAUUCUAGCAAACCGGGGGUGCAUGAGGUGAAAUGCGCCCAGCUAAAGAUGUCAGUCUGACUUAGUGCAAUUCAAAAAGUACUUGUAACAUUAUCCCUUUUCAGUUUAAUGAUUCAUUAUUUUUACCCCAACCCUUAUUUAUGUGCUCCUUAUUAGUGCUUGUGAUUCUUUUUCCUGAGACUGGUCUCUGCAUAUCUGCAAAUGGGAAAAGGAAUCAUAUCUGUAAGGGAGUGGGUGUUUUUUUUUCUUUUUAAGGGAGGUGGGGUUUGUCCACACCUAAUUGAGGGCUUCUGACUGCCCUGAUUCUGAUGCCCAAGCUAAAACGUGUGGGGUCGGGGGGGGUUCUCACUCGUUUAUCACCUUUUCUUCAAAUGGGACAAAUUUCUGGGGGGUUUGGUUUGAGGUGGGGGGAAAGAAAUUGAAGAAUUUAGAAGUAUCUAUCCCUAGGGAGGGCUCUGAAGAAGAUAUUGGAAUCAGGUUAUUUCUUAAGAUAAUAUGUUUAGAAAAAGAAAAUCCAGGUUUCGAGGGUGAUAUAGUUAGAGAUCCGAUGUUCGUUGUGUGGUGUGUUAUUAGUAACAAUACAUUUGAAUUAUGAAGUGAUUUAACUAUUAAUCAAGGCAUAGCUGGGAUGUCAGGGGGACAAGCCAGCGGCAACAACAACAACAGCAGCAGCAGCAGCAACAAACCAAACUUAUUUUUAUAUUUAAAAAAUUCAGCGGAUGCAGAUGUUUGAAGUAGAGUGACAGAGAUGUCACAGAAAUUUAAGAGGACAUGUUUUAAGUCUUUACUCUCUGACUCUGUUGAAGCCCCAGCGUCAAGUGGCGGCUGCUUGUCGGCUUGGCUCCAUGUUCCCCCUCCCUUCCCAGUCGUAUGUGGUAGGGUUUUUGCAUGGUGUUAUAUUACCCUGCCUACCGUCACUGAGUAUCCCUGGCCAAACACAGACCGUUGGUACAGAGAGAUGAAGAACAGUGAGAAUGAACACUGAGACAUUGCUGAACACUGCUUAGCGUUGCUCGUCGACGGCGUUUGCAACUAAAAGGUGUGAACUGGUCCACAGCUAAUUGGCUUGGUGGUGUUAAUAGUGAUAGUGUGGUGGAGUUGCUCAUAGCGGUAGAGUCGAUAUGUAACCUAUGGCGUUCUAUAUCACCAUAUUUUUGAAGUAUAGGAAUGACAACUGAUAAGAUAAUGAUUUUGCAUGGGUCCUUUGUGAUAUGUAUACGAUGUUGAUGUAAAUAGCCUGGCUAGGAAAGCCUAUGCCGCUUCUUUGUCCCAUCGUGGGUGUAACAACAAGCAAAGGUUGGCUGGGGAUAUAUCUCAGAUCAGUGACGAGCCUAACUGCAACAAAAAAACAAUUCAAGUAUAUCUAUAUAUUUGAAUUUUGAUGUAUUUGCAUUAUAUAUAUAUAAAUAUAUAUUUGCGCACACUUCAUGUACACUUGCAUACAACACCAGCAGACACUGUACACACAUCUCACACAGAUGAGUGGCUAGGAGCAAGGAAAAUAGUUUCCAUAAGGAAUUUUUUUUUUUAUGUUGAAUUUUCUCCAGAGUGUGAGAUCAGCCAUUUGGCUUUUUUGUUUCAGAGCACACAGCAUUUUCUUUGUGUAAAAAUACGUUUCCGUUGGUUUCCGUUUAAAUUUAAAUUGAGAUUGUUUUCAGUCUUACUCGAGACAACGAAGAGACAGGUUUCGGAGAACACACGCUGUGAAGCCUCAUGGAAACUCUUGAAUUGUUUCUAGCCACACGACUAAUGAUGGUUUAAAUCAGUCCUGUAAACUCUGACCUGAGAUCAGCUCUGCCUCUGACAGAAGCAUAUCUCGGGUCAGAGUUUUAGGCUUUGUGGAUGGAGCAGAACUGUGAUUGUGUGAUGUUUGACUGACAGGCACUGUGUGAGGAAGAGGUAUAUUAACUCUUUGACUAUGUCCCCAUCAGAGUCUGGGAGCCUCUGUUCUGUGGAUCACAGGAGACAUUUUAUCAUGGAGCAAUCUACACACUUACUAAAUGAUCUCUUAAGUUCAAAGGAUGGUCCACUUCCGUGGUAGAGCCUCUUUUCAGAUGCACAAUCUUAUCUUUUCCCCUUAAUUGGUUUCGGUAUUACAUUUUUACAAUUUCCCAUGUCCAUGCAGAAUAUCUGAGUGUCAUAGUGCUGCUGUUAACCACAGUGGUUCAUUGACAUACGAUCAUACAUUUGAGUGUCCGUUUUUGCUUUGUGAGUGAAAAUGUGGUCCACAGAACAUGUGAGCUCGCAGCAGCCCGAAGAGGAAUAAUCGUGUAAAAUUGAGCAUCAAGAACAUGCCUCUACAUGAAGGAUAUGUGGAGCAGCAUUGAUAACGGAAGUCUUCGAUUUAAUGGACUGUGCUCCUCUUACGAAUAACGCCAGAAUCGAGAUGUUUAACAAAAAUCAGUGCAUCAAUCAGGAAAAAUAUUAUAUAUUUCUGAAAAAUUUAAAUGCACUCCUAUUCACAAAAGUGCCAACCUGACCAACAAAGACUGGAGGAUCUUAUGUAUCUGUCUUUGACUUAUAGAUUUAUUUUCCUUUAUAUCUUUUUAUUUACUUGAAUGUGCACACGUUUUGUGCAAAACAUUGCUGCUCUAUUUUUCCUUAUCUUUAAAGUUACAUUAUUAGCCAUUUUUUCUUUGGAAAGGUGGCUUUCUUUACUGUGGGCACCUAAAAAAAACAAAAAAAAGGAAUAAAGGAAGUGUAAAUGUCAAGCCGAGGGGGGGCAGGGACUUGAGAAACUGCAUAACACUGGUCUUUCCAGCGACUUGUCCGUUGGUGUGAUGGUUCCCAAGCUAAACGUCUUUAAAAGAUUUUCACUGUGCUAAGCGACGCUGCAAAUGUUUUUGGAAUUGAUUCAUUAAUUUCCUGUGGUGGCAUCAGUGAAGAACAAUGUUUAGCUUAAUUUGAGGUGGCUGACUGUAGCCAGUCCCUCUUUGUGCUCAAAGUCUGCGCUGACAGAAAUAUUGUAGAACUUCAAUGUGGCCCAUGACACAAAUUAUGAAAAACAAAAGCGACUAUCACAGCAGACGAAUGCAGGUACUGCCAUUAUUGUCAAACAUAGUUUACCAGUCUUGUCUUGUCCCCCUGAAGGCUGGUUUAAAUUAUUGACUCGCUGUUUUUGUUUUCAGUAGUUGAUGUGAUUGGCUUGUGUUGACCCAGUCAGUCUGACUGAGAGAUUGCUCCAGGCCAUUGAAAACGUGCUUCUUUUCAUUAGAAGCCGCAUGAGCUCAGUCUCACUUUUCUCGCUUUUCUUUUUCUCUCAAGUUCAAGUACUGUUUAGGGAGCCAGAAAAUUCUGCAACAAAUAAUCCAGACGACUGCAAUAAUAGUCUGCGAAUCCGGCGCACCAGAGGCAAAGAUCCACCUACAAACUGCUCACACAGGUGACACUCCUUCCAUUGGGUGGAGCUAAAAGAGGCGACUACUUGACAUUUUUCUAAGAUAAAAUCUGGGAUUCAGAAAUUGUGCAGUGAUUUACAUUAAAAAGUAUUAUAAGUUAAACUAUAUGUAUGUUCUGAUACAUUGACAGGGAUUCAGAUGCAAUUCUAAUCACUUCUGAGAAGUGGAGGGGAAAAAAAGUCUCAUUAGAACAUUUCACAGGAGAGAAAAAAAUAGGAAGUGAGGAUACAAGCCUUUCUGCGUUACUUGAUCUUUUUCUUGAUCAGGAUAUUCUGGGCUAUAUUUUUGGAUAACUGUGUUUAGAGUAAAAGUUUUGUCCUUGUCGGGCUGCAUGAUCAGAAACCUUGUUGUCUAUGGGGGAAUGAACAGACAUCACUAAAUAUCUCAAACCUGACUUGUCUUCCGUCCUAGAAGGUGUUCAUGUCUACAUUAAAAUCUAAAGCCAUGCUUGGCUUGUUCAAGUAAUGUCUCCGCUACAAAUGUUUACAAUGCUGCAUGUAUGUUUAAAAGAAAAAAAUACUUUUCAUAUGCCAUCACUGACCAGUCCUGGUGUAGCCUCGACUCUGGUCCUCUCAUUUCUUUUACAUGUAUUUAUUUUCUCUUUUCUUGUUUAUGAUUUUUCAUUUUGCUCAAAAUUACCCAUCUUAUACUGUGACUUGACUUGACUUUACCGACGGUAUGAAUGAGUGACGAGAAACUAACACACUUCAGCUUAACAUGACACACAAACAUGAACAUGGAAAAAAGAAAACAUACAGGAAACGGAAACAUUAUAAAAAAAAUGUAAAGAAAAUAUAUUGAAUUUAAAAUUGUUCAGUGGAAAUACUGUGCAAAACAAAUAAAGUUAUGUUUCAACCCUUUAA